CAGUAACCAGCAGUUUGAAAAGGAAGCGGGUCCAGCCAUCAGCGGAGCGGGUUCAUUCGGGAAAAUAAUCAACGAGAUACAAACAAGAUAAUAGACCAUCAUGGAAAUGGGCUAAAACAGCUAAUUAAAUGGAGUUACAAUAAGUUUCGUGGAUCACUGUUGAUGAGCUGUAAGGGCGUUAAUAUAAUUAGCACAGUUUGCAAAAGGUCGAGCUAGGCUAACUUGACUGGCGGAUGUUAAUGCUGGUGGUGUAUUUAAUUUGUAACGUUAACGUUAGAUGCUUUUAAACAAGCCUUUACCCGUUGCUAUAAAAUCCGUUUGGCACGGUUAUAUCUGUGAUUUUAAACAUGAAGCCAUUAAAGCCGUUAUUUUUGAAGACCUACGGUAAGGAGAGGCGAAAGCUGUCCGCCUGGAUCUCACCGGAAAACCGCAAGCAGGCCUUCGACAGCACACCCUCAACAGACGGUGAUAUGUCUGUCUUUGAACCCGCAAAACCUCCGAUGAUAAGAGAGAGGAAGACUAGUGUUGCUAGUCGUAGAGCAGGCCGUCCUGCCAAGAAAAAGGCCAUGCUAUGUCUGGCUGAGAAGAGCAGCAGCAGUGAUGAGGAGACUCCCCCUCCUCCUUCCUGUCCUCGGCCUGCCCAGCAGAGCAAGACAACCAGAGAGAGGAGGACUGGUGUUGCUAGGCGUAGAGCGGGGCAUCCUGCCAAGAAAAAGGCCAUCUUAUGUCUGACAGACACCAGCAUUGAUGAGGAGAACAUCUCUCCCUUCUGUCCUCAGCCUGCUCAGCAGAGCAAGACAUCCAGUGAUCAUCUUCCUUCUGCGGGCCGUUUUGUAACCCGCCGCAGACAUGCUGCUGCCACCAAACCCCAACUCCCUAAAUCAACGUUCAGUAUGCUGGACUCUUCAGAUGACUUUACUUCUGGAUCCUUGGCUUCCAGGAGGAUUCUUCGGGCAAGGAGGGUCCCCCCAACAUAUGUGAUAUCGAGUGCAGAGAACUCAAUGAAUGCUGCAGGGACUGCCGGCUUUGCCAGCAACCCCUUCCAAGAGAUAUCCCUCAAUGAGUUGACGGAUCACAGCCUCGGACCCUGCCCCAGGAAACCCAUCUUUUGCUCCACGCCCUCAGCAGGCUCCUUCAGCAAACGGCCACGCCUUAAACCCUUAUCUAUAAAUGAUCAAUCUUCCAACCCGCCAUCCGUGUCAGUGAGUUGUAUAGGCGUCUUGAGCACAUUCCAAGAAGACGUGGAUUCACCAGGGCAGCGCGUCUCCGCACCACGUUUUGCACCACCCAAUUCUGGGGAGAAGCUGCAGUCGAGCCUUGGUGAGCAAGAACCAGACCUGCAUCACAACGAAGAACCUUCUGGUGUUUUGGAGCCCAGGAGCACUAACAAGAGAAGAAGCUGUAGUGUGGAAGCCAAAAGCUAUAGUGAAGACACAAAAACCAAGAAUGCUGGGGAAUUACAAAGUCUGAAUCUGCUCUCUACUGAUGACAGCGAAAGCAGAAGUCAUUUUGUGUCAGCAGCCGGUGGAUCAGGGUGGCUGAUAGAGGCUCUAAAGGAGAAAUGUUUGACCAAGCACUGCUCCGUGCAGCUAGGAAGAUUGGACAGCAUCACUGUUUCUCAGCUAUGCAGUCAAACAACCUACUCAUCCUGUUUGGGAUAUUCAAGCUCAGCCCACAGCCGGCAAACAAGUGAACAUCCAGUGUCUGUGGACAGCCGUCAAACUUUUGACCUUUUACAUUCUUUAGGAUCAUCAUUUGAUCUUAAUUUAUCUGUGACAAACGUUAAAACCAGUGAUUAUAUACAGUCAGUAAAUAGUUUUGAAUCUUCUGAACAUGCAGCUUCAGUGACUGGCAGUCAAAGCGUUAACAAUUCACUGUCAGCUGAACACUCAUCCACACAGGAAUCCAUGGCGCAGCCAGAAUCAUUACUCUAUGCUGAAUCUACCUACCACAAAGACAGCCGCGUUGAGUUUAUCAUGGGCACACAACUACCAGCCAACAGCUCUGUGCAAACACCGUUUGCUGUUGCAUUAAAGGACAAAAGUCUAACUAAGAAAUGCACAGUUCAGCUCAAAAAGAUGUCUUUGUCACCACAGAAUUCAGACCCAAACAAGUCUGACAAUGACCACACACAUAUCAUUGAGGACCCAGAAAAUCUCACAUCUCACAGUCCGGUAGCUCAGACGCAGUCUAAAGACCCAGAAACGGAAGAAAAGGCAGCGUUGCUCACGACGACGCUAAAGGAAAAAUGUAUAACUUACAAAGUCAUUGUUGGGGUAAAGAGAGUAACAUUGUCACAAGUAAAAGAAAUUCUGCAGCUCAAAGACACAACAUGUGAUAACCAGACAAAGACUAACCAUCAGUGUGAGAGGUCCACCUAUCCCUGUAAUGAAGAAACUUCUGCCAUGAAAGUCAACAUGAAAAAGAGAGGCUCAACUAGCUCUAAAGACAAGAUUGCUUCAGACAAAGAAGAAGUUGUGAAGAACUCUUCCAACACUUCCCAGAAAGGAAAAAAGACAUAUCUGGCUCCUAAAGAAAAGAAAAGGAAGAGCGCGUCCACGGACCGGCCUGGGACAACCAGGAAGGCAUGCAUAAGUGGUCUGAGCGUGAGUCGCUGGAAAAACAAAGGCAGUGCCAGCACACAAGUGUUCAGGAGCAGGACUGCACAGACUGGCGGUAACAAGGCUGUGGACUGCAGCAUCGACGAGCUGAUCUCCACACAACACAAACCACAGCCACGGGAGCUGUUGGGAACCACCAUCAAUUUCUCCACCCCGGUGAAAGCGAGUCGCCUCAACCUCUCGUCUCUGUUGGCUGACUUCACACCUAACACACACACCUGGAGUCGACUCAAAGCGGCCCUCUCUGUUCAUCGCAAGGGCAUGGUGAUAUGCACUCCGAGCAGUUUACGUCUGUCAGUGUCGGGGUCACCUAGAAGAGUGAAGUUGGAUAUCAGCCAGGACCUUUUUGCCACACCCUCGCGGACACCGCUCCCCAAACACCUCCGGUCACAGCUGCUGAGCCGCAAUUCUACAAUUGUGUGUGAGGAUGCAGAUCUGUCGGAUGCAGAGAAGGUGUAUGCUGAGUGUGGCCAACAGCGCCCUCUGCCCUGGGAGGAGUGUAUACUCCCUCGCCGUAUGAAACAGUGUGUGAAGAUAGGGGAAGGGACCUUCGGUGAGGUCUUCUCCACCACCAACGCCUCAGGAGACACUGUUGCACUCAAAAUCAUUCCAGUAGAGGGCAGUGAGAAGGUGAAUGGAGAGGAUCAGAAGACUUUAGGAGAGAUUCUCCAUGAGAUUAUUAUCUCAAAGGAGCUGAGCAGCCUGAAAGAGAAGCUGCAGAACAAGACUCACGGCUUUAUUGGACUCAACGAUCUCCACUGCGUUCAGGGCUGCUACCCUCCAGAUUUCCUGAAUGCUUGGGACGCCUUCGACCAGCAGAGAGGCUCUGAGAACGACCGACCAGAUUUCUUUGAAAAGGAUCAGUUAUUCAUAAUCCUGGAGUUUGAGUUUGGAGGCAUGGACCUAGAGAACAGCAAUGGAACGCUGGCGUCUUUGGGGGUGGCGAAGAGCAUCCUUCAUCAGGUCACGGCUGCCUUGGCUGUUGCUGAGCAGGAGCUACACUUUGAACACAGGGACCUCCACUGGGGCAACGUGCUGGUCAAAACAACCAAGCAGAAGACGGGGAGCUUCCUCCUGAAUGGGGCAGCCCACUCUCUGGAAACUAAAGGGGUGUUGGUUCGCAUCAUUGACUAUUCUCUCUCCAGACUCGAAAUCGAUGAUCUGACGGUGUCCUGUGAUAUCUCCGAGGAUGAGGAGCUUUUCAUGGGCCAGGGAGAUUACCAGUUUGAUAUCUACAGACAAAUGAGACAGGAGAAUGGAAACAACUGGUGUACCUACCACCCCCAUACCAACGUGCUGUGGCUCCACUACCUGUGCUCCAAGCUGCUUUCCAUGAAGUACCGGGGCUCAGGAGGGAGGGGGGCCAAGGGCAUGCGAGAGGAGCUCACUCAUUUCCAUGGCAACAUCCUCCAGUACAGUUCUGCCACUGAGGCGCUACAAAACUGCCCCAUGUUUCACUAGUACUGAACGCAUGAAGUGUGAGGAUGCUCACACACACAUACAGACAUACAUAGUAUGAAGAAGGUACAACGUAUCUACAUCCUGAAUACAUAAAUAUUCGGUUACACUUUACUUGAAGGUAUCUACAUAAGAGUGACAUGACACUGUCAUAAACGUGUCAU